GCAAGAGAUUAGGGGGCGCGGAUAUCGUUCAGUCGGCUUGGAUGCUCAUUCCCUGCCACCAUUGAUUGUGUUUAUCCUGUCUAUUGAGAACGGACGCGUACAACUGUUCAAAGAGCUACAUAACUUUUGUGAGGCGCAGGAUUUGUCUUCACGACCUGUUCCUGAUUUGAGUGUGGCUUGUGAACAGACUGGAGUCUCUACUGGGUCAAGCGAUCAAAGCAGACGUCUCUAAGAUGCCCCUUCUAACGAAGGCUUCUCGAGUCAGCUCUUUGACAGCAUCUGAUCCGCCCCGCACGAAUGUGAUGGUUGCGAACUUUGGGAUGUCCACUUGCGGAGAUUCCAGAGAAAACUUAUACGCCUGCCGCAAGUACCCCACUCAUGUCCCUUACGCGCCGCCACAGAUUCAAUCUUUCGAGUCAUCUAUAUCUGGCAGCGUUGACUCCCUGAACGAAGGACCAACAGACAGUGAAUCUCUGUCACAGCCUGGGCCUGAAUUCUCUCCUUUGUCAAUGCAUGCCUCGUCCAAGCAAGCACUGCAGUUGUCACUACAUGUCCAAGAUGGUUCAGUAACAAAGUCACCCGCAUUAUCUCAGACUAACAUCGCUGGCCGCACAUCGUUCGGGUACUCACGAGAGAAUGGCAGCACGUUGGAGACAACAUCACCGGUAUCGAGGUCAUCAUUAGAUUUCGUUUUCAGGUCUAAGACUCGGAGUAGUAUGGAUCCUAUCGCUCGAGCAGCUACAGUACAAGCAGCACGCCAAGCUUUUGAAGAAAAAGAGGCAGCUAAGACAUGCAGAAUAGAGGCUCAACAAAUCAAAGCUGAGAAAAGGCAGAUUCGGCAAAAGGAACGACACUGGCGAACUGCAAUCGACCCGCAGAAUAUGGAAGCCAUAAGUUAUGAGAAGCCCGCGUCUGAGACAAUGCAGCCUUCGGAGUUGCCGGGUUCACAUUCGAAGGGCUGGAAAUCGCAGUCGAAGAACACCUGGGUGCUUUUCCUGACGUGGUUUCGUACUAGGGUUUUCAAGCUGCAGAGGAGGAUCCGAAGGAUAGCCUGAUACGAGACAAAAGUACCUAGAAAUUCCUCUAUCAUUGCCCUGGUGUUCGCUUUCGCUUCCUACAUGCUUGGAUGAUUCAUGUGCCAUUCUCUGAAACGCUAGCGCUAGAACUGGUUUGUGAUUAGCUUCAGAAAACGGCCAAUGCUCGCGACCAAUACUGUGUUCAUGGGCUUGAUGUGCAGUGAUUCUACUCCGAACCAAUACACGGUGAUGCAAUUUAUCCUAAAACAUUCUGAUUGUGAUCAUAUAUGAUCUAAGAAUCUCCCUUGUGGUUUGGCAUGAAAGAUU